ACCCAGCCUAACCACCUUGAUUUAACCUUUCAGUCAGGAUUUGUUUAGGUCCAACAUGUCUGGGUUUAUUAGACCCACAAGCAGGUUGUUCCUGCGUGGUUCAGGCCUUGCCUCUCUGCCUUACAAGGUGCGUUUCUGCCAGGCUUCCGCUGUAAGUGGAGCGACUGUCAAAUUGGUGGAAACUCAGGUCGACUGGGCUUCCCAACUGCAGGCCCACCCUGCACGAAUCAGGGGGAGAAAACGUUUGGCUGGGUCUCAGAGUCCGAACUUUCCUGAGUUCCUCUCACCACCUAAAGAGGGGUACAUUAACGUCUACACUCCCGCGGGGAAGGUCGACUGUUCCCCCGAGGACUGCGCUACUUCGAUGCGGCAGGUGAUCCGCGACGUCUUAGAGAAACGCAAGGAAGGCGCCUUACUUUUCCGAGGCCUGCCACUAGCGACUGCAGAAGAUUUUUCCAGGGCCGUGGUCAACUUGGGCCUGAAGCUGACCACCUACAGAGGGGGAGGGGGCAUCAGGCACAGACUGACCGAGGCGGUGGACACAGCUAGUGACGAGCCACCAGAACUGUGCAUCGAACCCCACCACGAACUAGCGUACACCAACCACUACCCUGAAAAGAUCAUGUUCUUCUGUAUCGACCCCCCGGCCCCCGGGACAGGGGGUGAGACGGUGCUGGCGGACGCCCGGGACAUUCUGCCCCGUCUGGACAAAGCCGUGGUGGAGAAGUUCCGGAGACUGGGAGUCAUGUACACGCACUACCUCCCAUCAGGAACCCGCGGUCCGGACACGUACAACAGUUGGCAGGCGACCUUCCUGACGGAGGAUAAAUAUGAAGUGGAAGAACACCUGAAAGCUCACAACAUACACUGGAAGUGGUAUGAGGACGGCUCUAUGAUGAACUGGACCGUUCUGCCAGCUAUGCACAAGUACAGAGGUGAUUGGGUGUGGUUUACUGUGGCGCACUCUAACAACAACAGCUACAUAAAGACCACCCCUUACUGGUCAGACAAGGUCGUCCCCGAUCACAUGUACCCACAGCACACGUACUACGGAGACGGCACGGACAUAGAGCAGGACGUGCUGCAGCAUAUCAGAGACACCAUCUGGCAGGUUGCCAUGGGUUUCCAGGUACAAAAGGGAGACCUGCUUGUUCUAAACAACAUCUACUGCCAGCAUGCCAGACUGGGCUACACCGGGAAACGGAACCUUGCCGUCGCGCUGGCCUUGCAGGACCAGGACUAUCCGGAGGACAACUGAGUUUAGACUCAUUUCCAAUUUUUUUUUUCUAUUCCUUGUUUGAGGUAACAUUAGGCACAGAGUAGUUGCUAUAUAAAACGUAUAUAGCCGGUAC